AUGAAAUGGACGACAUACUGGCGGGACAUCGUGCAGAAGCACCAUGUCAUUGUCGAUGGCUGGCCUGAGAACAUCAUUCCCUUUGCAAACCUUAGCACGGCGAGCAGCAAUCUGUCAAAGCUUGAGCUUCUGCUUAUCCGCUGGAUCCGAGGCUCAACACAGUUCCGGAAGCUUUCUGAUGGUGAAUUUGCAGAGAUGGAGGAGUCGGAAUGGUUCCGUGCUGCAUGCAAAGCAUGUGGUGUGCGCAAGUCGCGCUCGGACAAGGGAAAGCUGAGAGGACGUCAGCCGUACCCAGAAAGUCGCUCGAAACGGCUGCGGCACUAUGCUAUCAAGAGCGCGGAGUUUGUAGAUUCGGAGGAUGAGCAGGAUGUGCCUGCUGAGUGUUGA